CUCCUCUUUGACGCAUAAGGUUCAAAUAAUUUUUGCAGUCUCAAUCAAUCGUUGCACCACCAAAAAUCAAUGCGCGAUCCUCUAUUUCCACGGUAAAAUAGCGUCAUCCACUCCAACAAACGAAACAUCAAAUAAACGCGCCGAGAAGUCUACACUAUCUCCAAGAACCUCUCUUUAUUCUUCUUCUGCCAUGUGUUAUUACGCGUACAUAGUUUAAUACUUCCAUUUUCGGCCAUUAACCCGCCCUUCCCAUCUCGUACUCCCGCCGCUUCCUCCAGUAGUCAUCCCUACCCUUCAAUAACCCAAGUAAGGCCAAAAUUACCGAAACUUCAGUAAUAGCCUCAUAAAAUGGCUUCCCACGACGUCCGCGAUGUCCUCAACCUGCCGCUUGAUGCUGGUUCGCGACCAGCCAAAAAACAGAAGACGAAUGUCCCUCGACCGAGCUUGAAGGGUUUAGCAAGGGAGGUACAAAACUUAGGAGGCGAUAAUCCUAUCGCAAUUGUCCCGGAGUUAUCUUCGUUCAAAAAGCGGCGAUUUGGAAGCAGGAAGCCGGCGGCGCGAUGGGAAUUACGUCCUUUCCGCAACUCAGCGCGAAACGAUCAGUCACUACGUCUACGGCAUUGGAGGAAGCAGACGGAAGAUCAGACAAGACUGCGGGAUGAGCAAGACGGAGAGAAUGGGACUAACGUGGAAGAUAAAUCGGUGGAACUUGAAGACUCGGGGUUUUCUAAGUUUAACGUACAAGUGGACAUUCCUCAAUACAGCGACGACCAAUACAAGUCCAACUUAGAGAGCGAUGAAUGGACGAAGGAUGAAACAGAUUACCUAUUCGAUCUUGCUAGAGACUUCGACCUUAGGUGGCCUCUAAUAUGGGAUAGAUAUGAUUAUCAACCGAAGCUAGACGAUAAUAUAACAAAUGGCGAGGGGGCAGACACUACCGACCCUAAGACUGCUGUAGUCCCGGCACCUAAGGGGCGGACUUUGGAGGAUUUAAAGGCUCGAUAUUACGAAGUUGCGGCAAAGAUGAUGGCUGUCCAAAAGCCUGUUCAAUAUAUGACCCAAGCUGAAUUUGCGCUUCAUGAGGUCAUGGCUAAUUUUAACCCCGUCUCGGAGACAAAACGAAAGAUGUUCGCAGCAGAAGCCUUGUCUAGAUCUAGGGACGAAGCUCAGGAAGAAGAAUUGCUGCUUGUUGAAGUACGCCGAAUACUUGCCCGCCAGGAGAAGCUCAACCAAGAACGUCGUGAGCUUUACAACCGCCUUGACUAUCCACACACGGAGCAAGAUAUCAAUGCGUUCAAGUCCAGUGCUGGAUUGCAGACACUUCUUCAGAAUCUCAUGAAUGUAGACAAGACUAAAAAACGAAAGUCACUUAUGGAAGCUAACGGCGCGAACACGCCCGCAUCAGCUCACCCCUCAGCACACCCCUCUAAUCACCCCAACUCUACUCCGAUAUCAGAAACCCGCCGAGAGAGCAUCGCAGCUUCAUCAGCGGGUCAUCGUGAUUCUAUCGGAGGCGGCGAGCGUCCCGAACGUCCUGCCAAGAAGGGUGCCCAACCCGAGAGAAAGAAGCUCACCGAACAGGAAGAGCAAAUCUACGGCGUAUCACACCAUGAUCGUUUGCCCUCAGGGCCAACGUUCCGUUAUGAACGAAUAAAUAAGAUCCUCACAACAAAGAGUAACGCUCAACACCAGCGUAUUACCAAUACCCUAGCCGAGCUAGAUAUCCCGAGCAGACUCAACAUGCCUACGAGGGCAGUAGUAGAGGAAAUGGAGAAGUUGCUCAAUUCCAUCGGCGUGCUCCUAGACAUGCGAAAGAUGAACGACAAGAUUGACGCCGAGAUUAAGCUCGAGAAAGCUAAGAAGGCUGAGCGCGAGAAAGCACUGGCCCCUUCACAGCCAGAGAGUGAAGGUAAAUCUAAGCAGUCGGUAGGUGCUGCUACGAUAAAUGGCGAGGAUAAGAAAGAAGGUAUCGUGGCCGACGAAGAUGCUGCUGGGACGACUAAUGGCGAGGCAUCUGCGACUAAUGGCGCAACGAACGGAGACGUUAACGACGAGAGUGGUGGAACUGCAAAUGCAGAUGAUACGGAGAGCAUGGCUGCGGAUAAGGGGCUGCGACCGGAAAGCAGCAAUGGGCAUAAGAGAAGUGCCAGCGUUCUGAGCGCCAGCAGUGAUAAGAGCGCUAAGAGACAGAAGAAGUAGGGGCCGUAUGAAGUGUGAAGGCGGGCUGAGACGAGGUACGAGGAAGAGAAUACCUAGUGAUACGGCUGAAUACGAUUACCUACGACUGGGUAGGCCGACACGAUGAAUUGGCAUCAGGGGGCAAGCCGGAUGAGGUUACGAUAGUAAGAUAAGUUAACUAACAUUAACAUAAACAUACGCAUAGGGCUGAGAACGCCGUAUGCUUUUUAUCACCCA